AUGCCAUCCGGUGCCAGAAGACUGCAAGCGCUCUCGGCCAUCAUCGAGAGUCCAAGAGGAGGAACGCCCAAAGCUAAUUCCAGAAACUCUCCGGCCGCGACCAAAGGAGGUGCUGUUAGAGAACAAGAGAUACAAUCUGCUUCUGUGGAACAAUUGAUCGCAAAGCCAGAGGUCGCUAUCACAGACUUGCCACAGAUACCUCCUCGCUCAGCAUCACGACCAAUACAGCUGCCUGGCGUACCUCCUCCCGCACCACUUUCAAGGGAACCGUCAUGCCGACCCCGAGCAGCUCGGUCAAAGUCAUUAGGAACUGUCUCUGACCCUAACAAGCCCAACUCGACAAACACGUUUGCGUCUGCUCCUGGACCGGCACCAACGGGACCUUUACCCCCGCUUCCUCCUCUACCAAGAAACAUCAGUCGACAAAGUGACUACAAUCCUGCGAACCGCCAUAGCGCUCUUGGUAUACCAUCGGCAAAACAUAAUGAUAGCACAUCAACUAGCUUGAACAGCAGCCCUGAACGCAACUGGGAAAGGAUCGUGAGUCACGAAAACAUCAACCCUAUACCAAAAUUCAAGAAUAUACAGAAGUCGUCAAUGCUAGAUGACAUUGCAGCAGAAGCAGGCGCUGAACUUUCGUCUAAUGGUGGUAGUUCUCGGCCUGCAAGUUACAUUGGCCACAGAAGAAGUCUUGUUUGUCUGAGCAUCACGUCAACCGGUAGCAAUCGCAACUCUGUGUCUAGCAUUGCAUCCACUUUGGAGAAACAGUCAAACAGGCUAUCGAUACCGCAAAUUCUUAAUGCCGAUCGCAUCAGUAUAAGCCGUGUAUCCUCGUCAGGCUCCCUCAGUAGCGGUGCUGGCGGUGUCACCGUGGUCAGCACACCAAGACGGCAUACCGGAUCCUCGAGAGUUUCAGCAACUGGAUCGCCAUCGGAGAAGCCCAAGCCAAAUGUUUUAAGGACUGUGUCAGGCAAUGCUGGUUCUCCACAGAGACCAAUGAAGAGUGCUUUGAGAGACUCGAGCGCCGAAGCCAUGUCCAAGUGGGAGAAAUCAGUGAUAGGCCCAAAGCACUCAAUCUUGAAAGGCAGUCCUAGCGCAAGAAAAGGUCAUCGCAGACAAAAUUGUGUCCGUCUAUCAACUCUUGCACCCACAGUUUUGGGGCCAGGAGCCCGGAGCAGAUCGACUAGCCCUUCGAUGGAUGGAAUUCUGGAAGAAUCGCCAGAUCGCACACUUGGACCAGUGGCCGAUAAGCAUCUGAAUGGUGAUGUAACAUUGCGACCGCGGACCACCAUGGAUCCAUUGAGGUUACGUGCAUCAUUGACGCCCAGCUCCCCGACUCUGUCUAUGGUGGCAUACCAGCAUGAGCCACUACCUUGGCGUAGUGAGGUGCACUCAAGACGUGCAUCGUAUGUGUCGCCAGGAGCAAAGUCUCCACAUUCACGAGAGGCAUCGCUGUUCAGCAUACCCAGUCUUCCAGAGCUAAGCCAUGUUGUCCAAGAUGAAGACGUGCAACAAGGAUCGGAAACACCUGCAAUAGAGUUCACUCGUCCAUCGACUGAGUGGUCGGAGCAUGAGCGCAGUCCUCCGUUCGGACUCCAUGUCACACCGAGUAAUUCGAAACGUUCGGUGUACAAUCCUGCGUCCUCUCCAACACUGCCAUCAUGGUCAAACAAGUAUGAUCCCACCUGGCCAACGCUGAUCACAGACCCGCCUGCCAGUGGGCAGGAGUACGAUCCGAACAGGCCAUUAUCAGUCUACUCCUCCGAUGAAGAAGACAGCAGCUCUCCUAACUUCCCAUUCGCAGUCAAAGACGAGCCUGCAGCAAUUACUCGAUCAUCACCGUUGUCGUUUCUAGCUGACUAUGAUGACGAGAAGGAGAAUGAUGGAUUGAGAUCUCCACAGAACGAGAAAGAGACUGAAUCACCUUAUGCUCGCGCAGCUGCCUUGACUGAACGCAUCCGCUCACCUUUCGAAUCUAUGCCUAUUCUUCGUCCGCAUGCCUCAUUCAUGGAAGACUUGGAUCCAAGCUUACCGUCCCCACCUCCAUCACCCAACUCUAGCAUUUGCAAAACACCACCGCUUCUGUGUCGGACUGUCAGCAAUGCUAGUGAUACACCUCCCAGCGCAAAGCCUUCCAAUCCAACCAGCAGUGCUCGCCGUCAGAACCGGCGCAGUAGUAGCAUAAGCCCACGUCGCCGCAGUGGUAGCUCUAGCCCUCAUCGUCGCAGCGGUGGUAUUGAGAAACACUCUUCCCGCAGCAAGCGUAUUACAGGACCACGAGCCCAACCACCAAAAGACAUACGCAAAAGCAUCAUGGCACUUCGACGCAUGAACUCAUCACUACAAGUAUCAGAAGACGAGAUGGGCAAAGGCUCCCACCGCUACCUCCACCUCGGCCGCGAAGCCUCCCUCGAACUCCNNCCCUUCGACUUUGGAUUUUCUUCCGAAGUUUCCGACAACGAAGAAGACGACCACCCGCCAACCGACAUUCUGUUUGAACAAGAAGAAGACCAAGAAGACAAAAGCAGAGAAUGUCGUUACAUCACUUAUUCACCUACAAAGCCUAUCUUGAGUCUGUUGACCACACUGCCAGAGGCAACCAGGAACAGACUUUCGGUGUGGGAAGACGGUGAAGGCUAUUGGGCAGACCAAGCCCGCCUUGUCACUUCAGCCGUAACCGCCAGUCCUGUAGAAACACCCACCAACGCCUUGGACAGAAUGUUAGGUUGGGAAGAAGCCAAACAGGAACCCAACGAUCCAAAACACAAUCAGCAGAUAUCAAUCACAGACUUGUCAAAAGAUUCGGGGAAGGAGGGUCUGCAGGUCUUGCACGAGGAAGAGGAAACAACGACGUGGGACAAAAGAAAAAGCAAAGCUAUGGAAACGCCAAAGAGUGUGAGGAGUUUGUACGAUCAACAGGGGUUUUACAGGAGUCCGUGA